AGAGAAAGAGGAAGAGCACAGCUAGCGCCGUGGUGCCGAGCAAGCGGCACGGGGCACCGAGCGAGUGGGCCUGGCUGGUGGGGCCAGGGAGCGGGGGUGCCUGCCGGUGGGGCCAGUGUGGGUGCUGCCUGAGUCCCUGCAGCCGCCCCGGCAGGCAGCGUGUGAUGGGCAGGGCUGCCAGCGUGCCCAGCAGGAGGAAGCCCACAGCUGCCGGUGCAGCAUCACAGCUCCGCUCUUGCUCGGCUGCACCCUGAAAACUCAACUCGCUGCCCACAGCAUCCCGCAAGAGCUGCAGGAGCCUACAGUACAUCUGUGAGGGACGGCUGGAACCUCUGUGAUGAGCAUCUGGACCCCCAGCCUGCACCAGCUGCCCCCCUGGUCUUGCUCCUGCCAUGCUGCCUGGCCACAGGGUACCCCAUCCCCAUGAGCAUUACCUCGGUGGCUGCCCAUCACCCACUGAGACCUCCAGCCAGCAACGUGCUUGGGUACCAGGGGGCUGGUGCCCCCAUCCCACCUUCACCUUCCCCAACCGACCCUGUGGGGCAGCUGAUGGCCAGCAGACGCUGCUAAGCCCGGAUGCAGGGCUGGGACAGGAACACAGCACAGCCCGUGUCCCACCACUUUGGAGGAUGGCAGCAGCAAGCUGGUACCACCGGGACAUCAGCCGGGUUGUGGCAGAGGAGCUGCUGGCCAAGGCUGGGCGGGAUGGCUGCUUCCUGGUGCGGGACAGCGAGUCGGUCUCGGGGGCAUAUGCCCUCUGCCUUCUGUUUCAGCGGCAUGUCCACACCUACCGCAUCCUCCCGGAUGACAAGGGGCUGCUCUCUAUCCAGACCAUCCAGGGCAUCCAGGCCAAGUGCUUCCGCACGCUCCCUGACCUGGUCAGCGCCUACCAGCAGCCCAACAACGGGCUGGUGACGCCGCUGCUCUACCCGGUGCCCCGGCCAAGGCAGGCAGCCAGCGAGGACUCAGAUGGGGAGGAUGGCCGAGGUGGCAGGCAUGUGGCAAGCGUGGUCCCGGCUGGGGGAGCCAUGGCGGGCACAUGGCUCAGCGCUCCCAUCGCCGGCCGGACCCACAUCUCACAGCAGCUGCACCAGAGGCUGCAGGAGCAGGUUCACAGCAGCCCAGCCAGUGACUUCAUGGGCUUCAUGGCCGAGUACCUGAACCACCACCUGCAGCUGGACCUGGAGGCGCUGCGCCACGGGCACCCACAGCUUCGCCACCUCAGCACCGCACUCGUCACUGCCUGCCAGGCGCUGCACAGUGAGAUUGACUUUACCCUGGCAGGUCUGGAGACACUGGCCAGGGUGUUCGACUCCCCCGUGUCCCCUCGCAGCCCAGCCAGGGAGCAGGGUCUCCUAACCAGUGAUCCAGACCUUGAGCUGCUCCUCAACAAGAUAUCUACUGUCAACCAUCUCCUCUCUUCGCUGGAGAAGAAGGUGCUGAAGUCGCUGCAGGAGACGGUGUCAAGGCACAACCUGGCACUGCCCAGCGUGGCGGUGGCCCCCCCGCCAGCUGCCAAGACUCUGGCCAUGCAGAGCUUUGAGGUGAAGAUGGGCAAGUCUCAGCGGGCAGCCCUGACAGUGGACGUGGAGUCGGGGACAGUGGCCAUCACCAAGUGGGGCAGCGGGUCCCCAGAGGAGACCAUCCAUCAGGAAAAAAUCCUGCAGCUAAUCAAAUACCAGAGCGUGCAGAGCAAGGUGAGGCUGGUGUACAACCGGGAGCCACAGAAGAGCCUGAGCAGAGACUUCAUCUUCCCCAACGCACGGAAGCGAGAGGCCUUUUGCCAGCUGCUGCAGCUGAUGAAGAUCCAGCACUCCCACCUGGAUGAGCCUGACCUCAUCUCAGUGUACAUCGGGACAUGGAACAUGGGCAGCAUGCCACCGCCCCGCUCCCUUGCCUCCUGGCUGACCGCGAGGGGCUUGGGGCGCACGCAGGAUGAGACCACUGCCUGCAUCCCGCACGACGUCUACGUUAUCGGCACCCAGGAGAACUCCCUGGGUGACCGUGAAUGGGUCGAGUUCCUCCGCGCAUCCCUGAAGACCCUGAUGGCCAUCGACUACCGAGUGGUUGCCCUGCAGUGCCUCUGGAGCAUCAAGAUCGUGGUGCUGGUGAAGCCUGAGCAUGAGCGGCGCAUCAGCCACGUCCACACCUCCAGUGUGAAAACUGGGAUCGCCAACACACUGGGGAACAAGGGAGCCGUGGGCGUCUCCUUCCUCUUCAACGGGACCUCCUUCGGCUUCGUCAACUGCCACCUGGCCUCUGGCAGUGAGAAGACCCAUAGGCGUAACCAGAACUACAGCGACAUCCUGCAUUCCCUGGUCCUGGGCGACAAGCGGCUGGCAGCCUUCGACCUCACCCUGCGCUUCACCCACCUCUUCUGGUUCGGGGACCUUAACUACCGCCUGGACAUGGAUGUGCAGGACAUCCUCGCCCAUAUAACCAAGAAGGAAUUUGAAGCCCUCCUGGCUGUUGACCAGCUCAACCUGGAGCGGGAGAAGAACAAGGUGUUCCUGCGAUUCAGUGAGGGUGACAUCUCCUUCCCACCCACAUACCGGUACGAGCGGGGCUCCCGGGACAGCUACGUGUGGCAGAAGUUCAAGGCCACGGGGGUGAGAUCAACGUCCCCCUCGUGGUGUGACCGUAUCCUGUGGAAGUCGCACCCGGAGACUCACGUGGUCUGUAACUCCUACGGCUGCACCGAUGACAUCGUGACCAGUGACCACUCACCUGUCUUCGCCACAUUUGAGGUGGGAGUGACGUCGCAGUUUGUGCCCAAGAAGGCUCCCGGAUCCAGCCCUGAACCCCUGGCCUGCAUCGAGUGGGACAGCAUCGAGGUGAUUGUGAAAACCACCAGCCGCAGCAAGUGCUACAUCGAGUUUCACUCCUACUGCCUGGAGGAGGCCCAGCGGAGUGGGGAGAACACCUUCCAGAGCUGUGACAUCCCGGGCUUCCUCAGGCUGGGCUGGUCCACAAAGCAUCUGCCUGUGUUGAACCCCAUCCUGCCAGACCUGGAGUACCUGGGGGACCAGCACCUGCUCCUCAGCAUCAAGGGUGUGGAGAGCUGCGAGUCCUACGGUGAGUGCUGCAUCGCGAUGAGGUCAAUGAUUGGCAGCAUGGCUCAGCAGUUUGAGACCUUCCUCUUCCACCGUGGUGAGGAGACGGGCUCCAUACGUGGCUGGAUGAAGGUCCGGGUCCCCAAGGACAGGUGCAGCACCCGUGAGAGGCUCUACGAGUGGAUCAGCUUUGAGGAGGAGGAUGCUGAGCCAGCAGCAGACGUCCCGACGUACCCCAGGCCACCCCUGCAGCGCCUCAGGAGCCGGCCCCGCAGCCUCCCGGAGCCAGCCACCGGCUACACCAACCCAGCCUACUUCAUCUUUGAGGGGGUCCCCAACACAUGGGUGCCAGCCCCUGGUGCCGGCAAAGCCCACAACAAGCAGGUGGAGAGCCCGCCCAGGGGCCAGUGGUGCCGGAGGCCCCUUGGGGUGCAGGUCCCGUCGCCUUCAGAGGAAGAGCGGUGGGGUGGCUGGCCGCACUGUGUGCCAGGGGGGCUGUCCUGCGGGCACCCACUGAGCCCCCCUGGCACGGGCCGGCAGAAGAGACCCAAAUCAGCCAUCCUGGCGAGGGACACACCGGGGCUGGGCGACUGCUCACUGAUGGCGCUGCACAUGGCCACCUGCCUGAGCCAGCUGGACUGGGUGGCCCCCAGGCGUGGAGGGGACAGCCAGAAGACCCCACUGCACCAGACCCACAGCACCCUGGAGCCGCCCCCACAACCCUGCCAGGAGGUGCCAAGGUGCACAUCGGAUGCUCACCAGCACGGCCACCCUGGAGAGUGGCCCUACAACAGGGGGGAGUGGUGCCAUGUUGGCAGCAGGUGCCUGGGCCAUCUCGGCUUGCAGCAGGAUGAAGAAGGGCUGCAGAAGCAUGGCUGGGACCACCUGGAGAUCUUCAGGUACCCCCAGGCCCUGGAGCUUGGAAAGGGGGGCACCGUGCAGGCCAGCUCCUGUGGCCUCAGGGUCCCUGGCAGAGCCCCACACCUCAGGGGGGAGGAGAGAGACAUCAUGGAGCGGGACCUGCUGGAGACCAGGGUGCUCAGCCCAGCCCAGCCCCGCCUCAGCCCCAGCAGCCUCGGUGAGGGCACCGCAGUGACCCCGCCGCAGAGACCUGACCUCGGACCCAGUGCCUAGAGCACCUACCCCCACCCCAGCACCGCACGUGCUCUCCUCCGUGGAGCUCCCGGGGCAGGCAGCGAGCUCCUGAGGAGGACCGGGCAGGCAGGCACCCAGAGCUGGACCUACUGGCCACCGCCCGACUUGUCUGGUCUUACCAGCAAGUGAUGCAGUUGGAAAGUCUCAGGAAACUCCUGCGGCCGCUGGGACGGACACUCCACAGGUGUCACCGCCUGUCUCUGUUCUCCUUCCCCAAAGCGAUGGAAGGACCACGCUGGGCCCCGCCAGCAAGGAGGGAUGGGGGACAUGGGAGAUGUCAGGAAGGGGGACUGCUGGGUGCUUUGGGCCUCGAGGCUGCAGCCUGCAAGGGCACAGCAGCAUCUGUGGCCAGCCCAGCCCUGUGCGCCCUCGUGCCUUCGGCCUCGGCAGCCGCUCCCUCCUCCCCGGGCUCAGCCCUGGGCGGAUGGCAUUCCCAGAGGACUUCUACAGCAGCAACUCCUGAGGCUGCAGUGCCAUUUCCUUGGGAGCCACUCCUUGUAUUCCUGUCCAGAAUAAAGUCUCAGGGACACUGGG